AAAUCUUUUUCCUUUCCCCCCCCCCUGCCCCCUCUCUCUCUCUCUCUCUUUUCUUAGCUCUCAUUUCCGGCAUCUCCGAUCUGUAAAACUCCAUCGACCGUUUGAGAGAGAAAGAGAGAAAAUACGAUUAAAGUUUCUUUUUGUGGCUAAAAGGACGCUGUUGUAUUAGAAUAAGCAACGGCGACGACGAUGAAAAACACUGAAAGACUCGCCAAUUUGGCUUUAGCAGGGUUGACAUUGGCACCACUUGCUGUGAAGGUAGACCCCAACUUAAAUGUUAUCUUGACUGCAUGCCUCACAGUAUAUGUUGGCUGCUAUCGAUCUGUCAAGCCAACUCCACCAUCGGAGACAAUGUCUAACGAGCAUGCUAUGCGUUUUCCCUUUGUUGGGAGUGCGAUGCUGUUAUCACUUUUCUUACUGUUCAAGUUCUUAUCAAAAGACUUGGUUAAUGCAGUAUUGACAUGUUAUUUCUUUGUGCUUGGAAUCAUCGCUCUUUCGGCAACAAUUUUACCUGCCAUAAAACGCUUCUUGCCAAAGCAUUGGAAUGAGGACCUUAUCAUUUGGCGUUUUCCAUACUUUCGCUCUUUGGAGAUUGACUUCACAAGAUCUCAGAUUGUAGCUGCAAUCCCUGGAACUUUUUUCUGUGCAUGGUAUGCUUCACAGAAGCAUUGGUUGGCUAAUAACAUUCUGGGCCUUGCAUUCUGCAUUCAGGGAAUUGAGAUGCUUUCUCUUGGGUCUUUCAAGACUGGUGCCAUUCUCUUGGCUGGGCUUUUUGUAUAUGAUAUUUUCUGGGUUUUCUUCACUCCUGUAAUGGUUAGUGUUGCGAAGUCUUUCGAUGCUCCUAUAAAGCUUUUGUUCCCAACAGCAGACUCUGCACGACCAUUUUCCAUGCUUGGACUUGGUGACAUUGUGAUUCCUGGUAUUUUUGUAGCACUAGCACUAAGAUUUGAUGUAUCUAGGGGGAAAGAGAGUCAGUAUUUUAAGAGUGCAUUUUUGGGAUACACAGUGGGAUUGGUCCUCACGAUUGUUGUCAUGAACUGGUUUCAAGCUGCACAGCCUGCACUUUUGUAUAUUGUACCAGCUGUCAUUGGAUUCUUGGCUGCUCACUGUAUAUGGAAUGGAGAAGUAACACCGUUAUUGGAGUUUGACGAGUCGAAGACUGGUGUUUCAUCUCAGGAAGGUAGCGAUGACAAAUCUAGCAAGGUGGAAUGAGUUAAAAUGCACCCCACCCAGACACAGAAACUGUUUUGGCUUGAGACGGAAAUAGUGUUUCUUUUAAGGUCCAAUCUUUGGCUAACUUGUUCUACUACUGCAAAACCAUUGUUAACAGAUUUUGGAAUUAAGCGAGAAAUAAUACUUGGCCUUUAAAGCAACAUAUCACUUUCAUUACA